CUAUUGGUCAGACGUCGGCACCUUUGCGAGUGAUAAUUGGCUGCUGGCCCCGGCUUCUCGCACCCGAUUGGUCCGAAAGCCCUACGUUCUGUGUGGGCUGAGAAGUUGACGUUUCCGUUGACUCCCGCCGAGGAGCAAGCAGACUCAACAGAAGGGGCUGGGCCCAAAGUGGAGAAAUGGCGAGAAUGGUGGACGAGAGGAGCUGUAGAGAGGAAUUACAAAACCCCGACCGGGGCGCGGCGAGGUGGGGUCCACAGCACGCCGGUGCCCGAGAAUUGGCCACUUUAUAUUCGCCAGGCAAAAGAUGUCAAGAGUGGGUUAGUGUCCUCCUGUGCUUCUCUCUCAUGGCCUUCAAUUUCAUUCACCUUCUUGCCAACUUCCACCUGGGGCAUUUGUGGUACAUCCUGUUGGGUAUUGCGUCAGGAAUCCUCACUGCAGACUUUGCCUCAGGCCUCGUUCAUUGGGGGGCUGACACGUGGGGAUCGGUGGAUCUUCCCAUCUUCGGAAAGGCCUUUAUCCGACCCUUCAGAGAGCACCAUAUCGACCCCACAGCCAUCACCCGUCACGACUUCAUUGAGACCAACGGCGACAACUGCAUGUUGACCAUCGUCCCGCUCGCCAACAUGGCCUUCAACUUCCUCACCCUCUCCCCUGCUGAGAUUUACCAUCUCUACCCGUGGUACUGCUACCUUUUUGCACUCGGCAUCUUCGUGACCCUCACCAACCAGAUCCACAAGUGGUCCCACACGUACUUCGGCCUUCCGCGCUGGGUGGUGUUCCUGCAGGACUGCCACAUCGUCCUCCCCCGCAAGCACCACCGCAUCCAUCAUGUCUCCCCGCACGAGACGUACUUCUGCAUCACGACAGGUUGGCUCAACUACCCCCUGGAGAAGGUGGGCUUCUGGAGGUACCUGGAGGAUCUAAUCCAAGGGGUCACGGGAGAAAAGCCCAGGGCUGAUGACCUUAAAUGGGCUCAUAAAGUCAAGUAACAUCGCAGGCUAACUUCACCCUACCUCAGAAGACCCCCCCUGCCCUGUUUUGCCUCACCGUAAUCUAUACGAAGCCAAACUAACAGGUUCUGAUGCCAUAGCUUUAACUCUUGCACAUUUUCUGUUUUUCGAGAGGAUCUAUAUUUUUUUCAUUCUUACAUUUCCAAACGGCGACAUGUUUUAACAACUAACUGCUCACUUUUUGAAAGUAAGGUCGGACGACUUUCUAAGGAGAUUCUCACAGGGGGGGGGGCAAUCGGGAGUACUCCCGGAGCUUCGUCUUUUCGUUUGGGUUCCAUUUCACGGGGAUGCGCUCAUCCUGAAUCUGAAAGUCUUUAUUUACUGGCACCUCGUCCGUGGUCCAUUUGCUGCUCAAGCGCGCGCCGUUCAAAUUCUGAUUAUGGAGAGGAACAAAAAAUGCUUCACCAAUGUUGAUAGCGAGAGAAAAACAAAUGGGAAUAACGGCAGGUACAUUUCAAUAAAUUACAAUAUGGUAGAAAACUCCAUUUAUUUCAGCACUCGUACAUUGUAAAGAGUCAUUGAAAGCUUCGGGGAAAAACUUUUUAGAGGGCAAAUUCCUGCCUAAUUUCGACAUUAAAAAUAAUUGACAUUGUUUCUUACGUAAUAUUCUGGUUUCUAGAGACGGCGAAUUUUCGCUUUUCAAUCAUCCAAAUUAUACAUUUGUAAGGGGGGGGAAAAAAAACAAAGAAAUAUUUCACUCUGUGUAGUGCAUCUCUAUGAGUUUCACUUUUUCAAUUGAACUACCUAACUAAAUGAAGCUUUUUACAUGAUUCUAAUUUCUUGAGAGGUACCUGUACUAUUACAUUUGUUGACCCCCCCACAUUUUUGUGUCGAGAUGAGACAAUAGUUACACUUUAACGCGAAAAGGAGUCUCGAUGACAGGUUUUCAAAAAACAGACUUCAGAGCAGUCAUGACCUGCUGGCUUGAUGAAAAGUCAGAAUAUUGCAUUCCCACACAAAAUACAACGCCCUCAUUUUAUUUUAAACUUUCCUACUGGCCACUUGUAAAAUGUAACAGAGCAGCUCCAUUAGUGAAUUCAUCUCAAAUGUGUAUUUUGUCAUGUUUUUUUUUUUUUUUUUUUUAGUUUGUGUUAAUAAUAAGUGGAUGUUGUACUGGACUGCAUUAUAUUAAAAGUUGUCAUAUUUAAUGAGGAGAAUAGCUGAAUACCCGUUUAAACAAAAGCCCAAUUCAGUACCACACGGAGAGGAAAAAAAAAAUAAAAAAAAAUAAAAGCAUAUUAGGUUUUUAAAGUAAAUCUUGUUGUUUUCACGGUGGAGGCGUCGAGCGGUCACGUUGAGUCGCGUGCGAUUGUACCUAAUGUCGUGGCCUGAGUGUGUCAGGUCAGGUCAGGUCAGUGAUUUCUUUUGUCAAGCUGCCUUACACGUCACACAUUGUCUGUCUCUUCACUCUAUCGCAGAACCUUGGGUGUCGAUCAACUUGUCUCACAUGCUCCACUAGAGAUCACGUUUUGUAUACGUUGUGUGUGUGCGUGUGUGUGGGAGCCGCUUCCAUUCCCGCCUUUGUGUCGACUAUCUUGGUGACAUUAAAAGAAAGGGCUUCGGUGACCAGAUGAGAUGAUGUCAUUGAGUCACUGGUGGGAAGCUUUUUCGUCAGUCAUUUGUAAGCUUGUUGUACAGCAAAUGACUAUGCAGUGUAACUUCAUGUCUUAACUCGUCGGAUUUCGAGUCAAAUGCCUUUCUUUCUUUUCCUGAAGCGUUGACAGUGAUUUUGGAAAGCUCUAAUUGAGACAACCUUCCGCACCACGACGGAAGACGUAACACACAAAUGCUCCGUGUAUGACAGAGUGGCGACUGAAGCAAGCAAUGGAACGCUUCCCCUUGACUAGGUUGGAAUCUGAUUCGUGGUGUGUUCAAAAACCUCACGACGUGUCUCAGGAUUGAAUUACCUACACAACCUGUCUUCGUUCCAAGGAGCAACCAGGUUAAAAGGCUUCAGUAUCGCGGCGCUUCUGCUUGUUUCAAGAUAGUCACAUCUUUUGAUCCAGUAUCAUCAUCGUAAUAUUCCACUAUUUGAAUCCUUCAUACUUGAUUAUCUUGAAUUUAGGAUUGAAGUGGAAACAGAUCUAUUAAAACGGCGUUUCCCAACCUUUCUCAUAGCACAUGGCCAAGUAGAGGCAUCACAAAACGUAUGAAUACUGAAAUAAUGAUGAUCUUUAUUUGUGCGUAAAUUGAUGAAAUCUUGCCCUCUUGAGUUGAACCUUUUGCUAUUACUCUGUUGUAGGAAUACAGGUGAAUUGUAUCUUCUGCCAUCUAGUGGAAGAGCAUUUCAUUGUUCUGCCUGUCACUCGAGGUCACCGGCAUGCAUAGAUGAACAAAGAUAAACAAACGUAUUUGUAACGAAUCCCAAAAUAAUUUUCAGACAAAUGAUGUGAAAUGAAAUCAUUUCCGGCAGCGCCGCUGAAGAUUUCUCAUGGCACCGCAGUUGUUGGGAAAGACUAUUCAAAAACUAUUCCCAUUCAUAUAACAAUUCUAUUUGGAUUUUAGGUCUUUGUGAAUGGCUACAACAAAAGUACACGGUUUCUGGUCCAAUUGAGGCUGCUGCAACCUUGACAACAAGAAAACACACUUACUGUAGAUUCUGUAGUGCUUGUAGCGUUCGUCAUUUGAGAAGCAGUAAAAAGACACGCUGGUCAACGGAUGUUGCUUUGUGCCACUGUUACAAGCACUCGGGCUGAUGGUAGAUUUGGCUGUUUGGUUCAACACUUAAGCGGUCUAUUACUAUUUUUGUAAUUCCAUUUGAAAGAGGUUUCGUGUUAAUAUGCUGCUAAAAAUGUUAACAAUUUCCAACAUGCCACAACUCGUUUUGCUAUAUUUGACUUAAAAAUGGGAGCUCAGUGGAUGCCCCUUUUAUUUAGGAUUUAGGCUACUGCAAUUCUCAAGCAGUUUGAGAUGAAUUGCUUUUUAAAAAAAAAAAAAAACAAACCAAAAAAAAAACCACUUCCAAGGCAAUAUCUUGUUAUUGAACGUGUGACAAGCGGGGGUUUUCUGCUCUGAUUGGGUGCUCCAACUUGAUUUAAUUAAGAUUCAUGUCAGGAGGUGGGUCAGUCUGUUAAUGGUAUAUUUUGACAUGCUUUGUUCAAAUCACUUUUGUUGAGUUGCUCGGAUAUGAAUUGCCUUAUCAGCUCCCUAAUUUGAUUUACUGUAAACGCUGUCAGCUAAAUGAUAACAAAAAAACCUUAAUGGACUGACUUUAUUUUGCCCCUCCUGUAAGGCAAAUCAAUUUGUAAAUAUCACAAUAAUAUACCUUGAUGCCUUUUUUGUUGUCUUCCAUUAGGGAGAUGUACAAUGUGUCUACUGUAUUCAACUGUUUAUUUAUAACUAAAUAAAAGUCCAGUAUUUAUACUA